GGGCCAGCCCUGGGGCGCCUUAAAAACCAGAGCUGCCGCUCGGGUGGCUAUGCUGUGAGCGGGAUCCAACGUCGUUGCGGCUACCCUUGGCGAUCUCGCAGACCCCACCGCAGCCAUGGCCAGCAAGGGCUUGCAGGAUCUGAAGCAGCAAGUGGAGGGGGCGGCCCAGGAAACGGUGACUGCAGCUGGAACAGCAGUUCAGCAAGUGGUGGAUCAGGCCACAGAUGCAGGACAGAAAGCCAUGGACCAGGUGGCCAAGUCUACCCAGGAAACCAUUGACAAGACUGCUAACCAGGCCUCCGAGACUUUCUCUGGUUUUGGGAAAAAAUUCGGCCUCCUGAAAUAGCAGAAGGGAGACAUAUGUGACUCUCCUCCAGGCCCUGAGCUCUGGGAGGCCCUUGGCCUGCCGCCUCAUUAAAGCACAUGAUCCUA